UUAAUAAUAAUAAUAAUCUUUUAAGUGACCAGUAUAAAUUACGCGUAUUUAAGUGAAAUUUGUAUUUAUUAUUUCAAUUAACAAAUAUUUCGUAGACAAGUGUUAAUUCCAUUAAAAUUCUAGUGUAAACAAAUUUUGAACAAGCUCUAAAUAUUCAAAAAAAAAAAAUAUUAACAAACAAAUAUUCAAACAAAUAUUCAUUCAAUAAAUAUUAGUUCAAUAACUAGUGCUGUUAAGUAUUUCUACUGAAUAAUCACAAAUUUUGUAAUAAAAUAAAUAACGUGUCAAGUAAAUGCAAAUCUAAAUCUAAAUAUAAAUAUUCUAAUAUUUUAAUACGUAAAAUAUUUAUUAAACAAUAAAGAUUACAACUACACUACAACAACUACAUCAGAAUUCAGGAUUUUAACUAAUAAGGUCACAAGAAGAUCCUUCAUGAAAUUUUGGAAGUCUGAACCAGUACACAGCAUUCAACAAAUAGACACUUACGCUGUACAUCAACUACAUUUACAGAAGGAUGAAAAGAAACAAUGAUCAUGAAUAAAUGAUAAGAAAUUAAAAAAAAACAUUUAUGAAUUAUAUAAACAACUGCAACCACAACACUCUACACAUGCAACUUACUUAGAAAUUCAUAAAUAAAUUGAAAUAUUGCAAUUGCAUACAUGUGAUAAAGGAUUUAAAUUAGUUGGCAACAUAGAAACACAAACAAGAACUACCUCAAAUUAUAUAUAUACAUCCAACCAUACAUUUAAAUCCAAUACAAAUAAACUACAUUCCAUUUACAACACAACUACCUACCAAUCAGUUCCCAACCAAUCCAACCAAUAAUUAGAAAUCCAUUAAAACGUUUAUAAAAUGGUACAUGCACCCUCAAAGCGGAAAUCAAAUGGCAGCACCAACAACAACACAACAGACAAACAUGAAUUCGAAAUGGAAUUAUCGGAAAACACAGAGUCACAACAACCGGUACCGCCAGAUGGUGGCUGGGGUUGGGUGGUUGUCUUUGGUUCAUUUAUGAUCCACAUUAUAACUGAUGGUAUGACAUAUUCCUUUGGUUUGUUCUAUGAUGAGUUCCUGACAUAUUUCAAUGAGGGCAAAGGCUACACAGCAUGGAUUGUAUCAAUUAUGGUGGGAGUAACAUUUGCUUCAGGUCCCAUAUCUUCAUCAUUUGUAAAUCGUUAUGGCUGCAGAGCGGUUACGAUAGCUGGAUCUAUUUUGGCCUCCUUUUGCAUAGUCAUCAGUAUGUUUGCCCAGAAUGUUCUUACGCUCAUUCUCACAAUUGGUCUGGGUACCGGUUUAGGUUUUGGUCUCAUCUACUUGCCCGCCAUAGUCAGUGUUAGUACUUAUUUUGAGGCCAGAAGAUCACUGGCUACCGGCAUAGCUGUGUGCGGUUCUGGUUUUGGUACUUUUGUAUUUGCUCCGCUGACAGAACAUUUAAUUGGUUCAUAUGGCUGGCGUGGUGCCUUGCUGAUCAUCGGUGGUGUGGUAUUGAAUUGUAUUAUCUUUGGUGCCAUGUUUAGACCAUUGGAGCCACCUAAACCUAAGAAUAAAAAGAAGAUAAUUGAUGGUCAUACCACAUCAGCAGAAUUGGAACCAUUGAAGCCCAAUGUCAAACAAGCCGAUCAAUAUUUGCAAUUGCCUAAGACUGAUUUGAAUGGUGGAGCUUUGUGCAGAUCCAAUAGUGUGGGUCAUACUUUCAAAACUUCGGGUUCCCAUCUGAAUGGCUCGGCUAAUGGUAAAAUGGAAAUUUCUGUUGUUUCCAAGAGCACCAGUAACGAUGACAUUAUUAAAGUAUCUCUGAGUCAACCACAUUUGGCUCAAAUGAAAGAUUCACAUAGAGAAAAAUCUGGCAGCGGUACCAUGUAUAGACCCGAUAUUUUAUAUCAAGGCUCUCUUCACAACAUACCCGAAUAUGCCCGCUCACGUACAGAUCUUUCUGGUUCCGGUCACAUACAACGCUAUGGCUCUGUUAAACAUUCAUCUUUACACUUAAGCGAGGAACAGGAAAUGGAUAAAUGUUGCGGCUGCAUACCCUGCUCCAAGGAGACCCGUGAUACCAUGGCUGAAAUGAUGAAUUUCGGUUUGCUCAAUGAUGUCAUCUUUAUUAUUUUUGCCGUUUCGAAUUUCUGUACCAGUAUCGGUUUCAACAUGCCCUAUGUUUAUAUAGUGGCACAAGCUAAAGCUUUGGAUCUGACAUCGGAACAAUCAUCCUAUCUAAUUGCCAUUAUAGGUGUGGCCAAUACCAUUGGCAGAAUAAUAUUGGGUUAUAUCUCCGAUAAGCCCUGGGUAAAUCGUUUGUGGAUCUAUAAUGUAUGUCUGACAAUAUGUGGCAUUGCAACGGCCAUGUGUCCUCUGUGCACAGAUUUCCAUUCUUUGGCAUUCUAUUGUACGGUAUUUGGUUUUACCAUUGGUGCCUAUGUGGGUUUAACCUCAGUGAUAUUAGUCGAUUUGUUGGGUCUGGAGAAGUUGACAAAUGCCUUUGGCAUUUUAUUGUUAUUCCAAGGUAUUGCUUCACUGAUAGGACCACCCAUUGGAGGUUGGUUGUAUGACAUUACCUUGUCUUAUAGUCCCGCCUUUAUUCUAGCUGGUGUUAUGAUUGCUGUUAGUGGUUUGGUCAUGUUUGCCGUGCCCCCCAUCCAGCGUAUGCAAGCUAGAAAGGCUGAACGUUUAAAUGCUCAAGAAUUUGUUUUAAGCUAGAUAUUUUUGUUUUCGUUUUUAAACUUUAUUAUUUUCAUUUAUUUUUUUUUGUUAUUUUUAUUAACUACUAUUAUUAUAUAAAUAUUAGUUAUGUAAUUGAUAAAGACUUCUUUUUGAAACAAUACAAAUCAAUACAAACUUCCUUAAACUAAUAACUGUAUAAAGAAAAAUAAAAUAAAUUUUUAAAUUAAAAAAAAAAAAAAACAUUAACGAACAUUGCAACUGCUACAGGCAUUACUUAGGGACAAUUUGAAAUUAUAAUUAUAAUAAAAACUACAACAAAUAAAUAUAAUAUCAUUAAACAAAUUAGUUUGUAAGUAAACAAAAUAUAAAAAUAAUAAUAAUAAUAAUUUUAACUGCCCGUUUUUUGGUUGAUUUUAUUUUCUUCCCCCAAAUUUUAUUUUCUUUUUUUAAUGUAAAUAAAUUAUUUUUCAAAUUAAUUUAAUUAAAAUAAAAGAACUAUAAUAGUUUUUUUUAAAUAAUGUAUUCCCUUGCUACACAGAUUUGCAAAAUUUAGUCAAGAAUUAAAGAAAAAUUUUGACGAAAUUUCUUAAAUCUUUGUUUUAUAGGAGCUCUAUAAAAAAUAUUUUGUUUAUAUCGAUACCUAUAUACAUAUAAUAUAUAUAAAGCCAUUUUUAUUAUAUAUUAAUUUAUUUAUAAGUUUGACUUAGUUUUAAAUAUAUUUUUGUUAUAAAUAAAUGAAAACACUUAUUGAGAUCCACACCAAAUUGAAAA